AUGACUCUCCCAACCACCCUCUCCGCCGCAAGCGCCCACCUCGGUGAAGGCCUGCCCAUCCAGCUCAUCACCACCGCUUCCCAAUCGCACCCGAAACCCAUCAACCAAACCUUCACCUACGGUACCGCCGGUCUCCGUACUCGCGCCGACAUGCUUGAUUCCACCUGCUUCCGCAUCGGACUCAUAGGUGCUCUCCGCUCCAAAAAACUCAAAGGCAAAAGCAUCGGUCUUAUGGUCACCGCUUCCCACAACCCUGAACACGAUAAUGGUGUCAAAAUGGUCGAUCCAAGAGGAGAAAUGCUUGAAUCCAGUUGGGAACCCUUCUGCACCACCAUCGCCAACGCCGUCACCGACCAAGAUCUCAUUGCUGCCCUAGAGAAGCUGGUGUCGCAUUUCAAGAUCGACCUUACUCAACCAGCAAGUGUUAUGGUCGCAUACGAUACCAGGCCUAGCUGCAAGUCUUUGGUCGAGGCGAUUGUCGACGGCUUGAGCGCUAUGGGUGCACAAACCACCGAUGCUGGGUUGAAGACGACUCCUCAGCUGCAUUACUUGGUAAGAUGUUUAAACACCCAAGGAACGCCCGAUAGUUAUGGUGAAGCUACCGAGCAAGGUUAUUACAAAAAGUUGGCCGCGGCAUUUUUGAAGCUAGUUCCAGCCAAAUCAGACCUUCCACCUCUCGUAGUCGAUUGUGCUAACGGUGUUGGCGCGUACGCGCUCACCAAUCUCAUCAAGUACCUUCCUGAAGAUCAAAUCGCAUUCCGUCCUCUCCGCACAAACACCACCACUCCCGGAGCGUUGAACAACGGAUGUGGUGCAGACUAUGUCAAAACUAACCAAAGUCUGCCCAUCGGUUUCGAAAAAGAAAACCUCCACCCCGGUCAACGUCUAUGUUCAUUCGAUGGAGACGCAGAUCGUAUCGUAUACUAUUACCUCACCGGACCCCCUGGUGCAAAGGAUUCAUUUAGGUUGUUGGAUGGAGAUAAAAUCGCCUCCCUAGCCGCUGGAUAUCUAUCCGAGUUGGUCAAAGCAGCAGGAAUCAAUCUCGAACUAGGGUGUGUUCAAACCGCCUACGCCAACGGCUCCUCUACAAAAUACCUCCAACAGCGUGUCCCUGUAACUUGCACCCCUACCGGUGUAAAACAUCUACACCAUGCAGCCGAAUCUUUCGACAUUGGUGUAUAUUUCGAAGCAAACGGACACGGAACGAUCCUCUUCUCUCCCUCUGCCCAACGAAAGAUUCGCGAUUGCACGCCUUGCUCUCCUGCAGCACAAACGGCACUCGACCAACUCUCGGCUCUGAUCGAUCUGAUUAACCAAACCGUGGGAGACGCAAUCUCAGACAUGCUGCUCGUCGAAGUAAUCCUCAGGUCUCGACAGUGGGGACCGGUGGAAUGGGAUGCAGCAUACCAAGAUCUACCCAAUAAAAUCCUCAAAGUCAGCGUCAAAGAUAGGUUCCUCUUCAAAACCCAAGAUGCAGAGCGCAGGUUGAUCAGUCCAGCAGGACUGCAGGAGAGGAUAGAUGAAUUGGUGGGCAAGUAUAAAGAUGCUAGGAGUUUUGUUAGACCUUCUGGAACCGAAGAUUGUGUCCGCGUCUACGCUGAAUGUGCCAUCAACUCUGAACUUGCACCGCUAGCCAAUGGCGUAGCCAAGUUGGUUAGUGAUUAUGGCUCCAUCUAA